AUGUACCUCGAAAUUCUUAAUAAGAUCGAAGAUAGAUACUAUAGAGCCUGUUAUGCUGCAUACAACUACGACUUCGAUAACCUUGUCGUUAAUUUCAACAAGGAUGAUUUUGUUACCAAAUAUUUUGAUGAAUACUGCCUUGAGGACGAACUCUUAGAAGAAGAUAAAUAUUGUGAAGAAAAAAUGAAAUUGGGUCGGCUUCAUGACUUGACAUAUUACAUUGUGAGAGGUGUACGUUUCAGUUUCCAUUUUGCGUGGCAGUUGAGGCACUCGGACUUGGAACUGAACCACUGGAUCUACAGGGCCAUUUCAGCCAGAUUUGUCAUGAGCAACUACCUCGAGGACGAUUUGAUCAAGGAAUAUAUUCCUGCCUGUCUGUGGUAUCCAAAUAUUCCCAAGAAGGAGACUUGCUUGAAGCUACUGGAAAUUGCCCCGGACUACAAGUACUCGAUUGGCUGCGUGGCUGGGUUGAACGAUUGGAAAGACGUGUUUGUUGCCUGUAAUUUCCAGUGUAUUGAUACUUAUCUUUGGAGGUUACUUUACACAUAUCAAAGAAAAGAUAUGCUUGGUCAAUUGAAAGAAAAACUUGAGGUAAGAGAGUUCAUAAAACGAGACGGUCGAGUUAGAAUUGAUGCCCCAUUGUACGGGAAUGACUCUUCUGAGUUACUGGGAUAUACGACAACUGAUUUCUGUCUUAAACAGUUUGCACCAGAGCACCUGAGAAGGUAUCACUCUAUUAGAACAGAAUCACUUGAGUGGAACACUUUGGGUGAUGGAUUUGGAGGACCAAACGAUAAGGCAGAUAUUACAGGUAUUGGAUAUGUAAAGAGUCAAUAUAUUGAGAGAAUGAUUCACCAGAAUGAAAGGAUGGAGGAAUUAUAUAUGUGA